UGUUGUGACACUAGAACAGGCUCAAUCAUAACUGGAUCUUUACACUGAUUCAUAGGAGCAAGAUGGUUAUCAAAUAUGAUGUUCAUUUGACGACAUGGCUUAUUUUCUCGUUAGAAAUUUUCCAACACGUUACAGCUGAUACACAAUACUGUAGCGACACAGGAGAAAGGUGUGACUAUCCGAAGAGCUGUUGUCCGAGUGGAUGUUGCUAUGGUGUUGACAACGAUAGUAAUCGCGAUCACCAUGCCUAUUCGUUCAGGGUGUCGUUUUACAACCUGUGGUAUUUCUGGUUCAUCAUCUUGUUUGUCCUCAUGUCUUGCUUCGGAGGCUGUGGAUACUAUAAACAGCGACAGAGAUUUGCUAGGUCUCGUGGGGUAUGCGGAGUGACAAUGACUUCACAGCUGGGACAUAAUCCCCUUCAGCCAAGCACCAUAAGGACUGGAAUCGGUGCCAAUCAUGCCCAUCUCCAGUCUUCACAUUCCAAUUUUGGCUACACCGGUAGUGGAGACAUCAGAUCUGGACUGACACUACAGCCUCCACCCUACUCAGAGGUGAUGAUGCAGCCAGAGUUAUAUCCAGCUCAUAAGUCAGAGGUCAUACUUCCUCCAUACCCAGGUACUCAGCAUUUAUCUACAAACAACUCAGGUGGUACCGAUCCUACCAGCAGUGGCCUUCCCCAGCCCCCACCUUACUCAUUAUUCAGAUCAUCCAAUCAGGGAUCGCCAAGUCAGACAAUUCAUUCACCGCCAGACAAUCGGAAUGUAAUUAACAACAUCAGUGCACAGAAUGGCUUGGUCAAUGAUUAAUUAGUUAGAAUAUAUUGUUUUAUGUCACAAUGUUGUGUGUUUUAGAUACUAUUAAGGUUGUAUGGUAUUUAUAUAGGAUAAAUCAUGGAUAAUCUAUUAUUGUUAUUAAUGAAUACACUAGACCAUAUAUUUGACAUGAUAAAUGUAUUGUGUUCUUAAAGAAAGUGUGAACUUUAUAGACUAUUUUCAGGGAAUAGUUCAAAUUGGGCAGGAAAAACACUGAUAUUGUAUAUGUAUAAAACAUUAAUGAUAAUACUUUGAAUUUGACUCUGAAUUUGAAAUCCAGACUUUGACUACAAGACGUGGUUGGAGGAAUUAAGUGUUACUAUCCAUCAACAACAUUUGGUAUUAAAGUAGUUUAACAGCUGAAAUAGUGAUCGAAUAUUUUACAUAAAGUUCUUCGUUAUUCAACCAACAAUGCUGUCUAGGCAAUUCUUAUAUUUCAAAAAAACAUGUUUUGGACUUCAGCAAAAAGAUAUUUUUUAUAAACCUGGUAAAUGAGAAAAUAUGUUUUUUUUGUUUUAUCUUUUGUUUAGUGAACCUGUAGAUUUGUGGAACAUAUGCUGUUGUUGUUAAAUGAAAAACAAACAAAAAAAGAUUUUUCGGUCAAAGUAAUUUUGUAUUCUGUUUUGUAAACCAGUAUCUUUCUUGAGUUAGAAAUAUUGGAGAGUAUUUUUAAAAAUAGACUGUAGGCAGACAUUAUAGAACUUAUUUAUGGAAUGGUAAGCAGAUUGUUAGGACUAUUAAUAUUGAUUUAUUUUUAAGAAGGCUUAGCCUUUAUUGUUCUGUAACAUUAUCAAAUACAUAAAGAAAUUAAAAUAGGGUUUUGAUAUGUAUAUUCUU